AUGACGGGACACGACCUGUCCUAUUUGCUGGAAGUGCUGAACAUAGCAGAUGGCGAGACAGAAGACCAGCUAGAUGAAAAGCUCAGGACCGAGGCAAACGAAUUGGGCGUGGAUGUAGAGUCGCAACAUGUGUCGGAUCAAAGACAUUGGAGAACACAUUGGGUCGAACAGUGCCAGCGCUCGGAAUCUGUGCACUCUCACACCUCGCGCUCCACCGGUAUGACUUCGACCUACUCCGACCUCUCCAAGGACCAUAAUCGGAUGGCAGCCGAACGGCGUCGAUCACGAGCCUCAUUAUCCUUCCGCGACUACGAUGCAUUCAUGUCAAAAGGUGUACCGAACGGGAGAAAUUCCAUUUGCUUUUCGCCGCCUUCGACGCCUUCAUACUCGACAUUCUCCUUACCGCUCUCCUCACCACCCUCGCCAUUUUCUUCGCCCAAGAAGCACUUCCGUCGCAUUCGAGGACUGAGCAUGCUCAGACUGCAUCGAUCAGACUCUGUUCAAUCGCUUGUCGACGGCUGUCCGCACUGCCCACAAGAUUUUCAGAGUGCACGAAGAGCGGUUCAUAAGCUGCCGUGUGGUCAUCGCUUAUGCACGCAAGCACUCCGAAAUACAGUGAAAGCUGCUACAGAGAAGGCCCAAGGUGCCGUGCCGAGCUGCUGCGGCAGGCCAAUACCUGGAGCAUUGGUGGAGCACGUCAUGACACAAGAAGAGCAAAAUGCGCUUUUGGAAAAGCUGGAACAGUGGGAUGAGGCGAUAUCGCUUGCACCAUCCAUCAGCAGUUCAAGGAGAGAGUGUAGACGAGACUCGCAUUUACCACAACGACCAGGUGUGCCCACGAGGCGUAGUCGCACGGGAUCCGAAGAAUCACGACUUGAUCAAUUGUCCUUGGAGGCACGACAUGAGCUGGAAAAGCUGAUGGAGAGGGAAGACUGCAAGCUGCUGCGUACAGGGCAGGCGGAGCAAAGGGAUCGAUUUCUCGCGUGGGCAGACAAGCAGCUAUCAGAGGCGCAGGCUAGGCACGAGCAGUUACGAGACGCCAUGAAGACGCAGCACGAAGCGGCGGUGGAAGAUCUGUUGGAAGGACAUGCGUCGGCAGUGGCUGAAGCCGAAGACAAGCAGGUGAAGGCAGAAUGCGACAUGCGCGAAUACCAUGUCAAGGAGCGACAGGACACUGCGACUGCUCUCAGGCAUAUGGAAGCUUUCUGUGGUGGCACGUACAGCAAUGGAGAGCCGCACAACAGGACAAUCACAGAGCACGACCGCGCCGAGCUUGACAAAGCGCGGCGGGCAUGGAGUCAGAUGGACGCCAAGCAUGAGAGUGCCAUCAACGUCUUGCGAGGAGAGCAAGGGCGGCGGCUGCGACUGCGAGCGCAGAGGCAGGAGCGUGAAGUGCAGGAGUUGAAGAGGCAGCAGCGUAGGGAAGAGCUGGAGCAGGAGCGAGGCUUUACAAGCGAGCUGAGCGGGCUCGACGAAAGCAAGAGUGAGAAGGGCGGGAAGAUCCGAUGGAGGUGGGAAUUGCAGAUGAGCAUACUCGGCAAGAAGAUUGAAGCCGAGAUUGGCGAGACUCUCAACGUCAGGCUGCCAAGCGCGGAGUGGAAGUCACGAUCCCAGCGCAACAGCGCAACAGCGCACGCACUGCGCGCAGCGGAUAAGACUCGCGGCCUGCACGCCACCACCACCACCACCAUCACGAUGCACGGCGAUGGCAAUGGCAAUGGCAAUGGCAAUGGCAAUGGCGCAUCGCACUUGUCGCAAUUCAAGAUUGUGUGCUGA